UUUGAGAUGUUGAGGAGGCAAGUGAGCUGAAUCGGGACGCGCCCCUGCCUGAACUGGACCGCGGUUUCCCUGGCAACAGCUCUAACCUAACGUAACGUGCGUCCAUUUAAAAUCCGCGUAGGUACUUUCACACAGCGGCCAAACUGAGGUAAAAAAGACACGCUGCAUACGAAGAAAUGUAUGUUAAGACAGGUUAAUAGCGUCCAAAAACAUCAAAUUAAGUUGUUUUAUAGAAGAAAUAUGGAGUUUGAAGCCACGGAGACAGUACGAUCCACUCCGAGCCGACACGAGAAAAGUUUGGGUCUCCUUACGAUGAAGUUUGUGAGUCUGCUACAAGAAGCGAAGGACGGCGUGUUGGACUUAAAAGUGGCUGCAGACUGUUUAGCUGUGAAGCAGAAGAGGAGGAUCUAUGACAUUACAAACGUGCUGGAGGGAGUGGGGCUCAUCGAGAAGAAGAACAAGAACAUCAUUCAGUGGAGGGGUGAGAGCUGUCACAAUCAGACCCCCGAGAUGGUAGAACAGGUGAAGCUGCUGAAGUGUCAGGUCUCUGAUCUGGAGGCUCAGGAGCUGGAGCUGGACCGACAGAAGGCCUGGAUCGAGGAGAGCAUCCAACAGCUCAGCAACGACCCCACUGUGGCCACAUAUAAGUUUGUGACACAUGAAGACAUCUGUAACGCCUUUAGUGGAGACACUCUCCUCGCCGUCAUGGCUCCUGCAGGAACACAGCUCGAAGUUCCUCUUCCCGAAAUGAGUCUCAGUGGCCAGAAGAAGUACCAGGUGAAUCUGUGCUCACACACGGCUCCCAUUCAAGUGAUGCUCAUUAACAGAGACUGUGAUGGCUCUGCUCCGGUGGUCUUCUCUGUGCCCCCCACAGACGAACUAUGCCCCAUGCCCACACCCCCCCACACCCCCGCCAGCCUGCAGCGCUUCCCCCUCUCCUCUCAGGCCUCCUUCUCCUACUGCAGCCAGGACUCUCUCUGUUCUGACCACCAGAUGGCAUUCACAGACCAUGAAGAGGUGCUCACGCCCUCCUCCACUCCUCCGGACCUGCACAUGGAGUGCCACAGUGAUGCCUCCAUGGGCCUGUCACAGAGGCACAUGGACCUGGUGGGACCUGAGUUUCAGCCUGUGAUGGACAUGAGCAACUUACUGAAACUGAGUGGAGCCACGGACCACCUCAAGGACGAGCGCAUGGCAGCUGUGGAUCUCAUUGACGAACUAAUGUCAUCUGAUGGUAUGGACUACAGCUUUAAUCUGGAUGAUCAUGAGGGAGUAUGUGACCUCUUUGACGUGCAGAUCCUCAACUACUGAAGUACAUCUGCUGAAGUAAAAGUACCACUACUACACUCUACUGAACUGCAAGUACUACUACUACUACUACUGCUCCCUGGUACUGUUGUCUUUGGGAAGCACUUUGGCCACUCAAACCUUAACCACUCUACUCAGGACAGAAAAGCUUAAAAGAUACCUGUGACCCCAAUUGGACCCUUUGAGAUUUUAUAGACUAAAUUAAGCUUUUGUUGUUUCAUUUGGAUUGACAGCAUUCCCAAGAGCAGCUUCUCUGUGCCGAGGUGAGCUCAGAUUACUCUCCUGUCCUGCCGCACUUUGUCUUUUUUGUACUUGUUCCACUUUAGUUUUGUGGAAAAGACUGCUGUUUGAUUUCUAGAGUUUAUGAACAAUGUUGUCCUUGAGUUAAUAUUGCAAGAAUCUAUGAAUGUUCAGUAUUGGCAUUUUUAGUAUUUAAAUUAAAGUUCAGGGUAUGACUCAAAAUAUUUUCAUAAUGCAUUAAUUGUAUUCAUAUGAAUAAUAUAUUUGACAUUCUACAUUUAUCUAUGAGAAAAGGGACAAAAUAAGUAAAACUGCCUUAAAGUUUUCAUUUCUAAAUUAUUGCCACACUGCCAUUUAGGCAUCCUUUUUUUUUUUUUUUUUUUGUACUCAGUUGGGAAUAUCUUAUUAAUGUAAGAGAAAUCAUAAGUUUGUUCUCCUAGUUAUGUGAAACUAAUGCCGAUGAUUUACUGCCUGAUUUGUAAUUUGAUAAUUUAAUUUAAAUGUAUAGUUUGAAAAUGUUGGUGCCAAAAGGCCUGUUUUCCUAUUUAUGUUUUUUUUUAUUGUACACGAUUUUUUAUGUUUGUUUUGUUUUGCACACUUUGCAGAGUUUUCUAAUAAAUAUAUUUGACUUGUAAA